GUGUUCAUGAACGCCUUCUGUGACCUCCUCUGCGAAUCCCAGAAGUACGUGCGAGAGGUAAACGAGGGCGAGCGCAGCGUCGUCUCCAUGCGAGAUAUCGGUCGUGCAGCACGGGUCUUCAAGUGGUUCUUGACAUCCUAUGCAAAGUUGCGUGGAGACAAAGAAUGCCCUGCUGUGCGUGACGACAAGGAUGGAACGCUGAAGAUCAACGUUUGCGAAGGGCUCCGUUCGAAUAUGAGGAGUGCACUCAUCUUGACGCUGGGCUACUGCUACCACUCUCGUCUCAACCGCAACCAGCGGUGGGGAUACCGCAAGAGGUUGUGCGAGACCUGGGAGAGACUCAGGAGCAAGGAUGACGGAGCAAUGGAGUGGCUACGCCUG